GAUAACCCAACCCGAGGGCAGGGGCUGGCUGCUCAAGGAUUUGUCCUAUGAGGCUGAAGAUAGAGCAUCGCUGGCUUCACCGUGCUAUGCAAUGGCUUUGACAAGUAGUUUCACCGUUCUACAGAGCAGCCUUUCCCUGCGACGUGAUGGAUUGAUUUAUUCUUCUCCAAAAACAUUCGUCUCAAUUUUAUUGUCCAAACCGAAAUCUUCUUUGGUGACUCAAAAUUGCAAUCCCAGAUCCAGCAGUGAUGAACCCUUUUUAACUAAGAGGAUGCUCAACCUUACCCUUGUGGCAAUGUCGAUAUGCGGUUUGCCUGAUGUGUCUAGUGCGUUGUUGGCUGAAGAAAUGGAGCUGGAGAGGUACACGGAUUCAAAGGAAGGUUUCACUCUCCUGAAACCCUCUUCUUGGAUGAAGGUUGAUAAAGCAGGAGCAACUGUGCUGUUUCAAGAGGCAAAUAUGGGAAGUAACAAUAUUGGGGUUGUGGUGAACCCGGUUCGCCUUGAAAGUCUUGAAAAGUUCGGAAGUCCUCAAUUUGUGGCUGAUAAGCUUGUUCAAGCAGAAAAACGUAAGGAAAGCACAAAGGAAGCAGAGGUGAUUAAAUUCGCAGAGAGGUCAGGAGGAGGGGGCUUACCAAUUUAUGAGUUUGAAUAUAUAAUUGACAGCACUCGGGGAGGAAUGAAGAGGAUUUUUUCUGCAGCAUUUGUGGCCUCAAAGAAGCUCUAUCUUCUUAAUAUUGUUCACUCUGAUAAACCAGAGAGUCCUCUUGACCCUCAUAAAAGAAUGAUAUUAGAGCAAGUGCUUCAUUCUUUUGAUGCAGCAACUUUGGUAUGACGUGCGCACGAUCUAGUUCUGAUUCUUUUUGUUCAUUCCCAAGCCAUGGUGAUCAAGUACUAACAACUACUCAAAUUUUAUUUCACUAGCAUUUACAAACAGGCAGCAUGAAAAUUUGAUGUACAUCUUUGACUAAGUUCAAGUUCUCUGAUAAGGCUCGACGUAUCAACUAUCAUUUCAUAUUAAGAGUGACCUAAACCUUUUUUCUGUGUGUAUUCAUGCAUAAUUUUUGUGCACGUGUACAUUCGUAGUCCUCAAAACUCUUGACCUGUCUCUCUUAUAUCACGAAGCUAACAUUACAUACUUAGCCCUCUCCUUUUCGUUUACCCACAUGUAUCAAUACAAUACAGAUGACGUGCCUUAUUUAUGGGCAUGGUCUUAU